AAAUGCCCGCCGACGCUGCCGCUGUUGCAACUGUUGUGCUUCUUUGACAGGAGAAAGAGAAAACCGUGGCAGUGGUCUGCUGAAUGGGCGAUACGCCACCGUAGGGCUUAUUUACCGAUAGACUACUGGUUGCCCGGCGAAUUCAUCAACGAUCGCAUAGUUCUGUUGAAGAAUGACGAACAGUCAUCGGGACGUCGUCCGUCGAUCGCCGUGAGCAAGAAGCGCAAGCGAAGAAGUUAUUCAUUUUUAGCAUGUUCGCCGUUUCGAAAGGUGUUCCCGCGAACAAUGUCGCUCUGCUGAGGGGCCGCGCUUCGGGCGUCUCUUCGUACAAGGCGGGAAACCAACAAGACCCGCAGCAGCAACAGCAGCGGACGAACUUUCAGCGGCCUGCGGAGAUGAGUGCCUCACGGCCGCCCUACAGCCAAGCCAACGGGCGGCGGUCGCAGAGCGGUGUCAGGGGCGACGCACCCGACGUUGCCUCGCAGAACCACGAGCAAGUCGUCGGCUACCUGCAAACCAUGUGGAAGCGCACGUGCACCCAGUUGGAGCAGUCUCAACAAGCCACGGCAGCCUGUGAUGGAAAUUAUCGCAGUGUCGUCUACUACCAGGAAAAAGAACCUGACGAGACACGCAGGUAGUUUGUCAAGUUGGAGAGACCGUGGGUUCGACACGCAGCACACAUGGGCAGAAGACAACUUGCCAGCGCGUUGCUUGCCUCACCGAAAUCAAGUCCUCGGAGAAAGCGCCACGCGCUUGCCCUUUGACACAAGUCUUCCGAUUGUGUUUAGGCAGGCCACCUCGUUUGUGGGGAGUAUCGACACUGUGUCGCGUCUGUGACCGUGGUUGGCUGCAUUAUGGAAGAAGACGAGCAACUGUAAAUAUUUGACAGCACUGCCGUAAAAUGGCUGAAUUCAUGUAAGGACCACCCUCAAAUUAGAAUGGAAAGACGAUGUUUUAGUGCUCAGUACAGUUUAAUUGCAUUGUGUGAUCUAAGCACUGGGACAUUUCUUUUAAUUAGGCUUGUUUGUCUUUGUUUUAUGUCCUGUUGACCAACUUGAGAUGGCUAUGUAUACGUCUUGAUGAAGAGCUCCAUAGCGAGUUUUUAUGAGUAUUUUAUUAAUUUUUUUUUUUUAAUUUAGGAUUGUACUGACUUCCCGAGAAUGUACCUAAUUGUCGGCGCAUUGCGGUAAGCAGGCUUUACUCUCCUGUUGGCUUCCGUUGAGUGCCGGCUCGAAUUGUCUUUUAUUUGUUCAUUUAUAGUGUCUGUACAUAGUCUUGUUGGCUGCGAACUUUGAAUUCACAGUUUUGUAGGGGAUCUUGGUGGAAUCAUCACUGCUGUUGCAGUCGUGGAUAUAAUACCAGUGCCCUCUGCAACGGAACACUUGAGUCACCGACCAAAGAAUGUUGGAACAUUUGAUGCAACUGGCACAAAAGAGCUGCACCCUGGCGCAAACGAAGGAGUGCUGUUUUGCCACUAUGCUGUCAAUAUUUGUGUAUACUUGCAUGGUGCUGUCUGCAGACGUGGCCGCAAGCGAAUUCGUGAGGUGUGUUUGUUUUGUUGGCCCAACUCAGUUUACAGUUGUGCCCGCAGACAAAAAAAAAAGGCCCUGGUGUGCUUUCUGGAGUGCAGCAGGCAGCAGCAGUGCAGAUCCGCAUACGGCAACUGUUUGGUUCCGACACUGUUCCGUGCGCUAGCAAUUUUUUGAGGAGAGCGCUGUAUAAAUUGUGUACAGUAUUUAUAUUUUUAUUGUUGCAACACAAUCGACUCCCCCACUGUCUCAAUCAUUGCUCUGCAAGCUUGCAUGACAUGGUACCAGUGGGUGCAUUUCCUGUGGCAUCCUGAAGACUUGAUUAGAUGGAUCGACGGUGUCCUGUACACAGACGUGGCAAUGGCACAAGGCUUCUCUUCGGCUGCUGUUGCACAAUGUUGGCUCGUGGUCAUAUGCAUUGCUGUUGCAAUUGCAUGUCAUGCAAAAAUUGGGCAGUUUUUGUCGCCGAGUUACGUUUUCUUUUAUAGACCUUUACUCGUGCGAGUGAAGCGCUGCGCUUUACUGAUGUCUUCGCAACCUCAACGACACUUGCACUUGGUGCUGAAAUCAUGACGGUCAUGAGUAUAAUAAAGACUCCUUCACAUUUCGCU